CUUGCAUUAAACAUACGCACACGCUGCGAAGGCAGCGCUCGGCUCGCUGCUUUGGCGGGCCGCCAAAUGCAAUCCUAAAACAAGGCUCGAUGGAUUGGGGCGUGAGCGCCAGGCUGGAGGGAGAAAAGGGGGCCGCUUGGUCCCCCUUGCCUCAACGGACCCCGGCUCCGACUUCGUCACGGGACGCGCUGUAGCGCGAAUUGGCGGACGGAAAGGAAAGGACCGGGGGUGGGAGGGGGGCCUCUGAGAAGCACAUGAGGAAAGCUUCACUUUCGGUUCGGAAAGCAGCAAGCUGCUGCCGCCCCCGCCGCCGCCGGAGCCCUUGCAGGCUUGUGCUUCCUAUGCAGAAAUAAUAAUCAGCCAUGACUGUCGGUGGCCUUCUCACGUCUACCCAGGCGCCAGUUCCCUUGCGAAGCAUCUCUGUAGAUGUGGUCAUCCAAGGCUUUGUGGCUGAUGUGGUCUCUGUGCUUCAGUACCACAAUGGGGAGACAAAUCCAGUAGAAGUCAGUUUUGUCUUCCCUCUGGAUGCUGAGGCUUCCGUGUAUGCCUUUGAGGGCCUGAUUGGAGGGACGCAAAUUGAGGCCCAGAUCCAAGAGAAGAAGCAGGCAGAGCAAGAAUACGAAAAUGCCCUGAGUGAAGGUCGUGAAGCUUUCCUGCUUGAAAGAGAUGAAAAAACUAGUGACAUUUUCACAUGUGUUCUGGGGAACCUCCCCCCUGAUGGGGAAGCCACACUGAAGUUGCGCUAUGUUCAGUCAUUGGCUCCAGAGCCUGAUGGGGCCCUCUGUUUUGUCUUGCCUGCUGUCUUGAACCCCCGCUAUGUGCCUCAAGGUUCAGAAGGGGACACGGUCCUUGAGAGCAUCCCACGAGUACCAAAGGGGCAGCUUCCCUACACACUGAGCCUCAGUGCCACGGUGGAGUCUCCUUAUGGCAUCAACCGUGUGGAGUCAAAAUGCACCCUUAAGCCUCUGCGCUACACAACAGAAACCCAUACUGCUGCCCAGAUUGCCUUGGCUGAUGGGCACCAAUUUGAUCGAGAUGUGGAGCUGUUGAUUUAUUACAAUGACAUUCACAAGCCCAGUGUGAUCCUGGAAGCUGGGAAGAGUGGGGCUCCCCCAGGCUCACUGAUGGGAAACCCAGCACUUCUUCUCACCUUGUAUCCUGAACUUCCUACCCCCAAACCUGCCCCGAAUGCUACUGGGGAGUUCAUUUUCUUGCUGGAUCGCUCUGGCAGCAUGGAUUUCAAUACUGGGAGCAGUUCUGAUUCACCCUCGCGCAUUCAGAGUGCCAAGGAAACACUAGUUUUUCUACUGAAGAGUCUUCCUCUGGGGUGUUAUUUCAACAUCUAUGGCUUUGGAUCUAACUAUGAUUCAUUCUACCCGCAGAGUGUAGAGUACACCCAGCAAACUAUGUCAGAAUCCCUCGAGCGCAUCAAAAACCUGAUGGCUGAUUUAGGGGGGACAGAGAUUUUGUGGCCGCUGAAGGCAAUUUACAGCCAGCCAUGCCAGGAGAGACAUCCACGUCAGCUGUGCCUCACCAGAAGAAGGAAACAAAAAAGAGCCAGGCUCAACGUGGAACCUAAAUGGCCACCACAAGUUCAAGCCAAGCUAUUUGUGUUCACUGAUGGAGAGGUAGAUAACACAGAUGAGGUCAUUUUUGAAGUUCGUCGUCACAGCAGUUCCCACAGGUGUUUCUCCUUUGGCAUUGGUGAAGGGGCCUCCACAGCCCUGGUCAAAGGCAUGGCUCAGGCAGCAGGUGGCAGUGCGGAAUUUAUCACAGACAAGGAGCGUAUGCAGGCCAAGGCACUGCAAACUUUGAAGAAAGCAUUGCAGCCAGCAGUAACUGGGGUCUCUCUCCAUUGGAACUUGCCUUCUGGUCUGGAAGCCGUGCUUGUGGGAUCGGGCCCUUCAGUCAUUUUUCCAGGAUAUCGGUGCCUCAUUUUUGCACAGAUCCGUGGACAGCUUCAGUCUCCACACUCUACAGAGGGAUCUGUUGUCCUUCAGUACAUCUUCCAGGACCAGACUUUCUCCGAGACAUUGAAAUUCCCCCUUCAAGCUCAGGAGAGUGACAGGCUCCCUGUUCAUCGGCUGGCAGCUCAAGCCCUGUUACAGGAACUGGAGAUGGCUGGAGAGAUGGAAGAGGAAAAGAAGCACCUGGCACUGGAGACAAGCCUGAGUUCCGGAGUGGUGUGUUCACAGACCGCUUACAUUGGGGUCAACAAGGAGCUGGGCAAGCCAAUACAGGGCCCUGUGGUCCACCAAGUAGUCCCUCUUACAGACCUGUUAACGAGUAGCUGUUCAACACGGCAUCCAAGAAGUGCAGAUUGGCGGUGUCUUGAAGCGGACUGGUUUGAUGAUGAUUAUGAAGAAGCUGAAGCUCUACAGACCUUCCAGCACAGAGAAUGCUGCGGUGUAACCCUGAGCCCCACCACAUCCCUAAGUAUAUCUGAUGCCAAAGACAAGGAGUCUCCUCUCUUCAGACUGAUCUCCUUGCAGAAUGCAGAUGGCUCCUGGUCCUUUGAUUCUGGCCUGGUCAGUGCUCUCAGCCUGGAUGAGACAGAUGCCUCAAGUAAAACACCCACUCAAGUGGCCUUGAAUGUGUGGGGGACAUUGCUGGCCAUUCUCUGGCUCCACUCCAUGGCCAAAGAGCAGAGAGAUGAAUGGGAGCUGCUGGAAGCAAAAGCACACAGCUGGCUCAAGGCAAAUGCAGGACCUCGGCUGGCUGAAUGUGUCCAGGCUGGCAAUGCCCUGCUGGGAACCAGUGUGAGCCCCCAAGUUUUUGGGAUCUGACCUCACACAUGUUACCUGACACCUCAAGCUGGACUUUCUGCUUCUCUCUUUGUCUUGUUGGAGCUGUUUGGGUCUACAUCAAGGGCCUCAUCCUGCUUAAAUUCCUACUAGUCCUACAGUGCCUGAGUGUAAAAGUGGACGGAAGCUAGACUAUGGUUUACCUCUUGGUUGGCAGAUCCAUUGACUGCCUUUUCUGGUGGAUCUUUCCCUUGCUAGCAGAUACUGUGCUUUUUGCAAAGUAUACUUGAUACCAAGUGCAACAUGCUUAGACCUGCCAAACUGCUUAAAUUCAGAAGCAGAAUUAGCAAGCAGUUUUUGCUUAACUAUUGCAAUUACGAUUUUGAUUUUUAAAUUUUGCACGUAUCACUUGUUAAUGGGGCAUCUGGAAGAGGAGGGAAAGAGUAUGCAAGAGUGAAAUCAGUCCAUUUCUGUGCUAGUCUAUUACCUCACAGGUGACAUGCCAGGAUUCUCCCUCAGAUAAGAUGCCUGCUACGUUCUCCAUCACUCACAUGCCUUAUCAGCAUGUCUCUGCCUCCCCUUUUUUUUUCAAGUGCUCUACACCAGAGGUCCCCAACCCCCGGUCCACAGCCUGGUGCCAGUCCAUGGCCAGAGCCUGACCGGGCCGCCAAGACAAACCUGCCCCACCCCCCCGUAUGCACUCACCCCCGCACAGCCUGUUUGCGCCUGUGCGAGCGCUGUGCCGCCGUUUGCGCAUGAGCAUGCAUACACCCAGACAAGUGCUGUGCCACUGUUUGCGCAUGUGCAUGAGUGCACACUCACACACAUGCACAAAUGGUGGUGUAGUGCUCACAUGGGCGCAUGCGAGAGAGAGAGCGCUUGUUUGCGCAUGCGCACGAGCGCGGGGGGUGCCCCACCUUCCCCAGCCGGUCCGCAGACCAAAAAAGGUUGGGGAUCGCUGCUCUACAUGGAUUGAGAGUUUUUGGGGAAAUGAGAGAAGAGGAACGUAUACCUCUCUCUCCUGAGGAAUGUAUGCCACCAUGGCAAUGUUACAAGAGGGCAAGAAUAUGUUUUUCUGUUGCCCUGGUAACAAGGUGAGAUCCAAUUCACAUAAGUGAAAGAAAAAUAGAUUCUAAAUGGAGAAAUUUAUUUUAUUUUGGCAAAAGAUAGGUUUCAUAUUGGUUAUAACAUUAUAAGCAACUUUCAUAGGAAUUAUACACAAUGGUCAUAAACAGAAGGAUAAUACAAUUUUAAAAUCUAACAAUAAAUCUUAACAUAUCUAUUAAUUCAGCUAAUUACAUAAUAUGGACAAUCAUGAAGAUGAAAUGUAGAUGAGAGUGGCUUCUUUAAAUAAGCGUGGAUAGCAGUUGGGGGGGGUCUGAGGGCAUUCUGUCCCAUUUUCCACAACCAAUCUCCUGUGGCUCACAAGAAAGGCACUAACUUCUUUAUUCAAAACCAAAAGUGACUACCUUUUCAGGCUGUUUUAGGCCCUUAAAAGGUGGGACUGCCAACAAACCCUUAACAUGGAUAGUUGCCCUAAAAAUUGCCAAUUUUUAGGGCAAACAUUUUUCAGCAGUGGUAAGUAAGGGAGAGGCAGAUUGGCCACAAACCCCCAUCACCUAAUGAAAAAAUUAGUUCAGUUCAGUAGAAGUUAUUCUGUGGGGUUCUUCCAUGCAGGACAUCUUCAUGGAGAAGAAUCGAAAUAGCAGGCAUUGGUCGUGAUGCCCUCCUUCUAGAUUUUCUGUAUCAAUUAGAAAGGCUGGACCAGGGGGUGUAGAAGUCCCUUUCCAGUUAUUUGAUUUUGUAUAAAGACUGAGAGGUGGAUAUCAAACUCGACAGACGUGUCGUGGAACUGGAACUUUGCUUUACCAUAGUGUAUGAUUGUAGCAUACAUAGUACAGUCAUGGGGCCAGAAUAAAUUGCUUAAGCAAUUCAAA